AUGGCUGAAUGGGGAAAAGGUGAUCCACGUUGGAUUGUAGAAGAACGUCCUGAUGCUACAAAUCCAAAUAAUUGGCAUUGGAAAGAAAAGAAUGCAACACAAUGGUCAAAAGAUAAAUUGAAUGAAUUAUUAGUAGGUCUUAAAGUUGAAGAUGAACAGUUUAUAGUUGAAGUAAAAGAAUUAAAAAGAUGUGACGGUGAAGCAUCAGCAAAUAAUCGAAAAGCAAAACUUGUUUUUCUUUAUGAAUGGCAUAUCGAAGGUAAAUGGGAAGGACAAAUUCGUACAGGUGAAAAUCGAACAAAAUUCGAAGGUGCAUUUGAAGUUCCUAAUUUAUCGGAUGAGAAUGAAAUACAUGAAGUUAAUAUAACAUUUUCAAUUGAGAAAUCGAAAGGUGAUAAAAUCAAAGAAAUGAUGAAACAACGAGGUGAACCUAUCAUACGUGAAAAACUUGGAGAAUAUGUUCGUUUACUUAAAGAAGAAUUUUCUCAAGGUUUAAUUCUACCUACAAAAAAUUCUUCAUCAACAAGUAACAGUAAAACAGUAUCAUCAUCAUCUGUAAAUUCAAGUAAUGCAACUACUUCAAAAUCUUCUUCAAAUACUCAAUCAUCAACUAAUCAAACAUCGUUUGACACACGUGAAUUAACUGUUGAAGAUACAUUUAAAUGUCAACGAUCAGAAUUAUUUCAAACAUUUACAGAUAUUAAUAUGGUAAGAGCAUUUACACAAAAUAGUGUGUCACAAUAUGACUGUCAACAAGGUGGACAAUUUGCAUUAUUUGGUGAUAAUAUAACUGGAAAUUUUCUCGAGAUUAUACCUUAUGAUCGUAUUGAUAUGUUAUGGCGUUUUAAAUCAUGGCCGAAAGAACAUUUUUCACAUGUUUCAUUAAUAUUUCAAGAUGAUGUAGAACAAACAAAAUUAAUAGUUAAACAAACUGGUGUACCAACACAAUUCUAUGAUAAUACAAUGGUUAGUUUGAUGACAAGCUUAUUUUUAAUAGAAUUUGAUAUUAUUAUUUUUUUAUUUGAAUAUUUUUAG